AGCAAAGCUAAAUGACCUAGGUUAAGUCAACGCAGUGUUCAGAAAAGAAAAGCUGAAAUAGAUAGUCAGUGAGAUUAUGAGAGAACUUAGACUUGAAAUAAACGUCAAGCUGUCAAUAACUCUAGUUCAAUAGCUUUGUCAAUUAAAAAUAGAAAAAGAUGAUUACAAAAUCUAGAGUGUGAACAUUUUUAAAAUAAAUGUGUUGUGAUAUAUGUUCGAUGUUUAACUGUAUUGAAUCAAUAAAACAGUAUGAAAGGUAUAAAACCAGCUGCUCUUAAUCGAAUUUAUUUGAGUUCUACAACUAAUACUAUCCUUAAAGUCCUAACAAUAUAUAACUUAUUGAGAACUUAAAAAUCAUGAAAAAUAUUGGAAUAUUAAUUUUCAUCACAAUAAUUAUUAAUGUAUCAUUAGGAUUUUUGAUUCAUAAUACAACCAUUCAUGAAAAACCGGACAGAAUACCAAAUCGAUCAAGAUAUUAUAAUUUUGGAACAGUAGUUCUUCUGGAUGCGCAAAAAUCAAGGAUGAGAGACGAGGUUAAGGAUGAAACAGCUUUUGGAAACAUUUCUAGAAUGCCCGGCGAAUCUAAUGGACUCAAUGCAACCGAAAAACAACGUUUACUUAAAAUCAAAGAAUAUUUAGUAAAUAAUUUCACUGGUUUUAGUGGUAAUAUUAAUAACGCAUCAAAGUCAGAUGAUUUCAAAAAUAUUUUACGACAUUAACUUUAACUGAUUAGAAAAUCGUGUAUUUUAUUUGCACAACAGUUUUGAAUCAAUGUUGAAACUUGUAAUUUUACAAUCUGUUGUGUUGAAACUAUUUUUUUAGAUACAAAUAGAUUUUAUUCUACACAUUACGUUAAGGUCAUGUUUAUGACAACAUUGUCAAAAUUCAAGUAAGAUAUAUUCUUUUCAAAAUUAAUCAUGUUACUUUGUAAUGUUUUCAUUAUCAAAAUUUGAAUGUAAAGUCAGCUUUCGAGAUAUUCAACAGAAGGAAAAUAUUUGUAUGCA